GGAGUAUUUAUGAACCUGCUGCCAGUUGGAUGGUCGUUUACGCCACCCUUUCCUCUUCAAUCAAAACUACCAAGUGCCAACUACUUUUCAAGCAUCCUCUCAUAAACAAACCGACAUCGUUUUAUUACCCUUCCCACCACUGUCCUGUCUCUUUUCAGUUUAGAUGUAUAUACUCGUAUGUUCUUCGAAAGUUUAGUUCUAUCAAUAACUUCAUCUGAUCUGUUACUCACCCUUUAUCAGAAAUGGCAGGGAGGUCAUUUUUGCGGGGUUCUAGAGAUGAGAGUAAAGAAAGGCUGCUUUCAAGGAAAGGGUAUUCGGAAUUUGGUUUAAACAGCUCAGGUGGCAGUGAGGAUGGAGUUAAAUGCGGGUGUUUUCGAUCAUGUUCUGAUUCAAUUAAUAAAUUUUGGAAUGGUUUGCAAGAAACGUCUGUUAAGUUAUAUGAAAUGGGUCGAUCAGAUCCUCGGAAGGUAUUUUUUGCUGCAAAAAUGGGGCUUUCACUAACAAUUGUAUCACUGCUUAUAUUUUUCAAAGAGCCUCUAAGGGAUGCUAGUCAAUACUCGAUCUGGGCAAUUCUUACUGUUGUCGUGGUUUUCGAAUACAGCGUAGGUGCUACACUUAACAAAGGAUUCAAUCGAGCUAUAGGGACUUUCUCUGCUGGAGCCCUUGCUUUAGGCAUUGCGGAAGUAUCAAUAUUGUCCGGAAAGUUUGAAGAAGUUAUUAUUUUGAUAAGCAUUUUCAUAGCAGGAUUUUGUGCAAGUUAUACCAAAUUGUACCCUUCCAUGAAGACAUAUGAAUAUGGUUUUAGGGUAUUCUUGUUGACAUAUUGUAUCGUACUGGUGUCUGGAAACAACUCCAGAACAUUUUUCAACACUGCUUUUUAUCGAUUGUUGCUCAUUGCGGUUGGUGCUGGCAUUUGUUUGGUUGUAAAUAUAUGCAUAUACCCUAUAUGGUCGGGUGAGGAUUUACACAAAUUGGUGGUUAAAAAUUUCAAGAGUGUUGCUUCUUCCUUGGAAGGCUGUGUUAAUGGAUACGUGCAAUGUGUUGAAUAUGAGAGGAUCCCUUCCAAAAUUCUUACAUACCAAGCAUACGAUGAUCCAUUGUAUAGUGGCUACAGAUCAGUUGUGCAGUCUUCAAGCCAAGAGGAAUCUCUGCUAGAUUUUGCCUUAUGGGAGCCUCCACAUGGUCCUUAUAGAACAUUCAACUACCCUUGGAGAAACUAUGUCAAAGUAAGUGGUGCACUGAGACAUUGUGCAUUCAUGGUCAUGGCAAUGCAUGGGUGUAUACUUUCUGAAAUUCAGGCCCCACCAGAGAAGAGACAAGCGUUUGCUAGUGAGCUUCAGAGGGUUGGUAAUGCAGGAGCUAAAGUGCUGCGUGAGCUUGGAGACAGAAUUGAAAAGAUGGAAAAGUUAAGCUCUGGAGACAUACUGAGGGAAAUACAUGAGGCAGGAGAGGAUUUGCAAUUGAAAAUAGACGAAAAAUCAUUCCUUCUAGUCAAUUCAGAAAGCUGGGCAGCUGCGCCGCAGGUCAAGGAAUAUGAAGAACCUGUGAGCAUAAUUGAUGUUAAAGAUGAUGAGAAUAAAGUGAUCAAAUCCCUCAGUGAUAUGUGGGAUGUUCAGAACCCAAACAUGGCCGGAAUGGACUCUCGCAUGCCAGAUUUAAUUACCUCAGAGAGUAUGCUCCAGAAACCAUCAUGGCCACGUCUCUCAUUUACUGCAGAUGCAUUGCUGAACCAACAGGAAUCCAAAAUAUAUGAAAGUGCUAGCUCUUUAUCUUUAGCAACAUUCGCAUCACUCUUGAUUGAGUUUGUUGCGAGGCUCCAAAAUCUUGUGGACUCAUUUCAAGAGCUUAGUGAGAUAGCAAAUUUUAAGGUACCCGUUGAGCAACCAAUUGGAAAAGAGGUGACAGGAUUUUGGAACAGACUAAGAAGUUGGUUUCACUCGAACUGAAUUCUAGAAAAAUUGUUGAAUGAUCAUAUUUUGGACUUCCAACUAUUGAGCUAUAAUUUGUUAUUUUUUGUUACAUUUGGACACUCGUCUCAAUAUAUUUGUGUGAUCGAAGAGCUGAAAGUACCUUGUGAAAUAAUACAUCAAUACUUAAGUUGGAACUUGGAAUAAUUAUUUUUUAAAAUAAGGUUAAUUGAAUUUAAAUUUAUAAAAGUGUCAAUAAGAAGUUUAAAAAAAUUAUUAUUAAAUCACUUAACAAAUUUCACGAAAGGAUCAGAUUAAGAAUUUGUUGGAGGAUCAAAAGUAUUUCUCCUAUUUUCUUCUAGUUACUAUUGCAAAGAUAUGGGCCCAAAAUUAACUACUUCAGUUAGGCUUUGGACUUAUUUGCAUGAGAAAGGAAGUUUAUGGCCAAUUAUUUAAUUAGCCCGUCAACCAUGAAAUUUAUGGGUCUUUAUUCUUCACUGGUCCA